AACAGCAGACGACGAAAAUGUUCCUGAAACGAGGAUUUGCAGCUAUUCUGUUUAUUAAUGUAAUUACUUUAUUAAAAAUUUCCAUUGCCGAAGACAUUCUUGGAUGUGGGGGUUUCGUAAAAAGCCACACUGAUAUUGAUUUCUCGAAAGUUCACGUGAAACUGUAUACGAAGUCUGGAAGCUUAAAAGACCAAACUGAGUGUGCUCCGAUCAAUGGAUAUUACUUUUUGCCAUUGUAUGAUAAAGGAGAAUAUGUUCUGAAGGUUGAUCCUCCCAGGGGAUGGAGUUUCGAACCAACCGAGGUUUUAUUAAACGUCGACGGGUCGUCUGACUUGUGCAGUCAAGGAGUGGACAUAAAUUUUACUUUUAAAGGUUUUGGAAUAACAGGAUGGGUAAUCAGUGAUGGUUCUAAUUCUGGACCCCAAGGCGUUACCAUUUCUUUAUACAAUGAAAAUAAUAAGCAAACACCUGUUGGAACUACGAUCACUGCACCAGGAGGGACAUUUUACUUUACACCAAUUCAACCUGGAAAGUAUACUCUAAUUGCAACGCAUCCAGUAUGGGUGAUUGAAAAAAAUAAAGUCGAGGUUACUGUAAAGGAGGGCAAUACAGAACUUCCCGAAAGGAGUUUAGUAAUUUCUGGCUACGAUGUCAGUGGGAAAGUUACUAGCGAAAGUGAACCCAUAAGUGGUGUUUCAUUUAUUCUCUUUGGAAAUGGCAAAGCUAAGAACUGUGCAACACAUCCAAUCAAAGGUUUCGAAGAUAAGAAGCCUCUCUGUCAUGCUGUUUCCGACAAAAAUGGCAGAUUUAUAUUUCCGUCUUUAUCAGUCGGUGAAUACAAGAUUGUCCCUUAUUACAUGGGUUCGCAAACAAAAUUCGUUGUUCAGCCUACUGAAGCGACAUUUAAAAUUGAACAUGAUAGUUUAAUUUUACCACAAGAUUUUAAAGUGACUGGUUUCACGGUUAGUGGUACUGUCUAUUCUAUGGCUGGUGGAAAGCCGCUACCAGGAGCCAAAGUAUACUUAUCUGGCAAACAGAUAGCUGUAACCAAUAGUGAAGGUCGUUACACGUUGGACAAUACCAAGGCUAGCCAAUAUUCCUUGCGUGCUGAUGCUGAUGACAUGCAGUUUGACGAAAAAGUAGUAAAGGUAUCUCCUAGUUCCCCGGAAUUACCACCGUUGGUACCAUCUGCAUACAAAGUAUGUGGAACAGUAACACUUUCAACAAAGGGAACUCUGCACCACCGCAAAGUGUCCAUACAAAACACAUUAUCCACAUUUCAAACAGAAGUAGACACAGACCCAUCAACUGGGAAAUUUUGUUUAUACCUCCCAUCUGGCAAAUACCAAUUGAGCAUUAUAGUUACUGCGGAAGAAAAAGCUAAGGGUCUUCAGUUCUUCCCGUUGCAACAGACAAUUGACGUUUCAGCCAAACCAAUCAAUGAUGUUAAUUUCCUACAAUUAAAAGCAACAUUGAAAGGAACGAUUCAAUGUUUGAAAAACUCUGACUGCAGCCAUGCAUCAGUUACUCUAAAAAUCCUUGACGGAAUUACAAUAAAAACAGUUCAGACAAAAGUGGUUUCUGUUGAUGCAGGUGGAGAAUAUCAAUUCACUGAGGUGCUACCUGGACACUACGAGGUUUUGAUAGAUACCGAUGUGUUUUGUUGGGAACAUCCAAGUUAUCGCGUUUCAAUUACGUCGGAGCGUGCCGAAGUACUGCCUUUCAAACAAACUGGGUUUUCUGUUACUUUUAUAUCUUCGCAUGAGACAUCUGUUGAAUUCUCUGAACCCAAUGAAUCGAAAAAAAUGGUUCUGCAUCUGUCAAAGGGUAGUACUAGGCACUGUGUAUCAAAAGCUGGUGAAUACAAGUUUGUGCCAAAAAGCUGCCAUAUUUAUCAACAAUCAGUAUACAGUUGGGAUACAAGUAGUCUUUCUCCUAUUCUUUUGUCAUCAACGAAACAUAGCCACAGAGGAAAUAUCAUUAGCAAUGCUGCAGUAAAUGAUAUAAAAAUUAAAAUUGAUGCAACGAGUGAAACACCCAUACUAGGUCCUUUGAAAUACGUAAAAGAUGGAGAUAAUUUUAAGUAUGAGUUUGAAUUUAUCGCAAGUACUGAUACCGAGUAUAUUAUAACACCUUUAUCCGAAACGUUACUAUUCAACCCACCGUCAUUGAAAGUAAUCGGAACAAAUGACUGCCACAAUAACAUCGCUACAUUCACCGGUGAUUUGGGAAAAAUUGUUCAAGGAAAUAUUUCGCCACCAUUAGAAGGUGUUACGCUUCGGAUAUUUGGAAAGGACAAAGAAGUUCCUGUACAAACUCUGGUUACUCAAAAAGACGGCGUGUAUAAAGUAGGCCCCCUCGAUGGAAAAGUAGAUUACAGCGUAACUGCAGAGAAAGACGGAUACGUUAUUGCUGGUCCAGAUGACAAGGGAAUAUUUUCAGCACACAAGUUGGCUGAAAUUAUCGUUGACGUUUCUGAUAGUACAGAUGAGCUUCCGCUUCAGGGGGUACUUCUUUCCCUUUCGGGAGGCACAAGUUAUCGCAAGAAUAGUGUCACGAACGAAGGAGGGCAGUUAACAUUUAACUCGUUAUCUCCUGGGGAAUAUUACCUUCGCCCGAUGAUGAAGGAGUACCGAUUCGAUCCACCUUCAAAAAUGAUCAAUGUUGCCGAAGGUGCCACUAUUAAAGUGAGAUUAGCUGGUAACAGAGUCGCGUUCAGUGCUUAUGGGUCCGUGACGUCACUGAACGGUGAACCUGAGCCCGGGGUGUUGGUUGAAGCUCAAGGCCAGACAAACUGCUCUUCACUUCAGGAAGAGGCAACGACGGAACAGAAUGGCAACUUCAGGAUCAGAGGACUUCAACCAUCGUGCAUUUAUGCUAUACGUUUAAAGCCCAAUGUAGAAGCAAAUGCCCUCAUCCAAAGGGCAACACCUAGUUCCAUCGCUGUGCAGACUAAAGAAGAUAUCCAAGGGCUCCGCCUGGUCGUUUUCCACCCAAUAUCGCGUACAGACUUUUCGGUACACGUCGUUUCACCUCAACCAGAACAUUAUCGUACCCUGAAAGUGAAACUUUGCAGAGAAGAUAUGCCAGACACUCCGAUUCAUAUCUCAAAGCUGGAUGGCCCGCAGACUGCCAAAGUUGGGGCUUCGUACAACGCAGGAUUCUUGGUACACUUUCCACCCUUGCAAGCUGAUGGUAAAAAAUAUUUCGUGCAGUUAGAGUCUUCCUUGUCUCCUGCACUGCAUAAAUAUCGAACCACGCCGAUAUAUUUUGAAACGAAUACGUCAUUCAAAUACGUAAAGUUGACAUUCAACGCCGAAAGGAAAAUGGACCAAAGCGACAUGAACCAAACCUCGGUAAUAGCUUUGCCUUUCAUAAUACUCGUUGCAUUUGCUUUCUUGAACCGUGACAAAGUAUGGUAUUGGUUAAAUGCUUCGGUGGAGAAAUGGUCGAAGCCUGCACCAAUUUCUAGGGCACCGGUUCAGGCUGUUCCGAUUGAUCCUAAGGCUGAUGAUAUCAUUGUAGAACAGAUCAUGAACAUUAACAAGAGGAAAGUAAAGCCUCGAAAAGCGUAAAUUUAAUCGCAAUAAAAUGUGUGGUCAUGUCCUUCGGUACUAUUUCGUAAAUUAAUUGGACAUCGCAGUGACAGGUUCAAGAAAGGUAAUUGCUCAUCUUUUUAAUAAAUGUAUUUACGUAUUGCGAAGAUCGGAGGAGUCUGUAUUUUUCAAGUUGGGUUAUGUGUGAGAAAUUAAGUGAAUGUGAGGACCAAUGAUUGUAUCUUAAGAUUCCAGGAAGAGACAUUUAGUGUCAAUCGAACAAUGCACGAAUGGUUUCGCAUCUUUAUUUGGUGAAUAGAUAUAGUGAUAAAAUGGAACUGCCAAUACUGUGAAUUUAUGAAUUCAGUUAAAGCAAACAAAUAUGUAGGUCUUUUGUAAAAAGGCAUUUCUAAGAAGAUGUAGUAUUACGUAUAUAUUAUCUAUAUCCAAUAGUUAAUCGAUCUUUGAUUAGACUAUAAACAAAAUGAAUUGAAACUAAGUUUAUGAGGUAUGCAGAAAAUCACAGGUACUACUAUAGUGUAAGGAAACAUUUCCUAGAAAUUAAAAGCAAUAUUUAUGCAUUAAAUAAUCAUGUAAAUGAUAUAAGUAUGUGCGUAUCGGUGUUACGUAACGUAAAGGUGUAAACUGCUGAUACCGAGUAAUUUAUACCUGGCUGUUAUUAAAGAUUUAGAUUUUUAAGUAUAUUUUACUCCUUUAUUCUACUUUUAAACAUAAUUACAUGCCAUUCAUUGUCCACGAUACAAACAAAAAUGUUGCACUGGUAUCAAUAAUCUGUCUUCUUGUAGCUUAAAG